AUACACAAAAAUUAUAUCAAAACACAUAAAAAUCCUAAUGACAGGUCAUGGUUUUUCCCCAUCUGGUCUUUCCUGCAAUCCCAAGGAAGUCCAACCUCCUUGGAAUUGAUCCACCUGUGGUUUCAAUGUUCCAUACUUGAUGAAGAUAUAACUGUUCUGCCCCCAGUUACACCCCCAAGCAAGAAGAGGAAGAGAAGGCUCCGAUCUUCCUCCUCCUCCUCCUCCUCCUUCUUGGGAGUUUUAGGAAUGGGAUCCACGGUCUCCACACAGGUCCAGAAGAGAAAGGCCUUGUCGACAGAGAAGAAGGUCCUCUGUGAUCUCAACCAAUCCUCCGGCUGCGAUUUUCCCGGCUGCGACUACUGUCCGCCGGACAGGAAAGCCUGGAUGGCUGGCCUUGGCGCGGAGAAACUCCACAUAAACAAGAUUGUUUGGCCGGGGACCCACGACUCCGCGACCAACAAGAUCGGCAUACCCUUCGUGUCUCGCCCUUUCGCUCAAUGUCAAAGCCUGUCCAUCUACCGCCAGCUUGUCCUGGGCACGCGGGUCCUGGAUGUCCGGGUCCAGGAGGAUCGCAAGAUCUGUCAUGGGAUCCUGGUCACCUACGGCAUCGACGUCGUGAUCCAGGAUAUCAAGAAGUUCCUAUCGGAGACCGAGAAGGAGAUCGUGAUCCUCGAGAUCAGGACUGAGUUCGGGCACCAGGACCCGCCGGACUUCGACAAGUACUUGGUUGAUCAGCUAGGGGAAUUCCUGAUCCACCAGGACGACCAUGUCUUCGGGAAGACGGUCGAGGAAUUGUUGCCAAGGAGGAUAAUCUGCAUUUGGAAGCCUAGGAAGUCACCCCAUCCGAAAGCGGGCGAUCCUCUGUGGAGUGCGGUGUAUUUGACGGACAAUUGGAUCGACACCGAUUUGCCUUCGACCAAAUUCGACAGCAACAUGAAGCAUUUGAGCGAGCAGCCGCCAGCUUUGUCCAGGAACUACUUCUACCGGGUGGAGAACACGGUCACGCCAAAAGCAGACAAUCCCAUCUUGUGCGUUAAGCCAGUGACGGGCCGAAUCCACGGGUAUUCACGGCUCUUUAUAUCGCAGUGCUUCGCAAAGGGUUGUGUGGAUCGACUACAGGUUCUGUCGACGGACUUCAUCGACAAGGAUUUUGUCGAUGCGUGUGUCGGGCUCACACAUGCCAGGAUCGAAGGGAAAGCAUGAAAUUUCGCAUGAUUUUUUCACUGUAUUGUCUCUGUGUAAAUGUCACGGUCCUGUGUUGAGCUUGAGAUCUCCUUCCUGCUGCCAAAUCAUCUGCACCAGAGGCCACAGUUAUUGAUUUGCAGUCAGAUGGUAUGUAAGAUUUGUUUGGUCAUAAGUUGAUGUAUUUGUUUGUGGUUUAUUGUGUACGAAGAGUUGUCUGUGUAAUCUGAGACAAAAAUUCGUCC